AUGGACGACGCAGACGCAGACGGCGCUUCGCGCACACGCAAUGUAUCAUUCAGUCCUACGAAAGACUAUUUUGAGCCGGAUGAGCGCGGAGUGGGCCAGCCACCGGCAAAAGCGCCGCCGGUCAAAUCUGCUUUGAAACGGCGCAACCAACCGAGCCUGCCGCCGCCGGCACUGUACCAACAUGCCGACCCUCUUUUGCGAAGGCUGCGCCUCUAUGAUGGGUACGCGCGCCCGGUGAAUUUAAAAGAAGCGUUCCGGGAUACUGAGCUUGUCAUGUUCUUGUUUGGGAGCCAGUGGGGUGCGGAUGCCAGCAAAGGGACGAGCUCGCUUGUGGCGGAUCUUUGCCGCGAGUAUGUGCACAAACUAAAAGUUAUCUACAUCAGCGUCGAUACAGAUAAGAAGCUCUACGAUCAGGCGACGUAUAAUAAGCCUUGGCUCUCCAUGGAGUGGCACGACGGCUCGUCGGAGGAUGCCGUGAAGGACGCGGAUGCCGCCGACGCAUCGAACGAGUCGUUCCUGCUGGCGGGCGACGUCGAUUUAGACGAGUAUGUCGUGCACACGGACAAAUCAGGGAACGUGUAUGCGCGGCCAUUCAGCCGCGUGUACAUGGCAGAUAAAAUGCAGAUCCUCAUGACGCCGGCCCUCGCAGUAUACCACGUUCCCACCCGGAAGUUUUUGGAUCGCAACGUGCGCAUUUCGCGUCUGCGAAUGGGCCGUGCCAAGGAGACAAUUGCUGGGUGGCUUGCGGGGAAGCCAUCGCUCUCGUUUCAUGUGCUUGAUGCCGUGUAUCUCGCUCCGUGGACGACGGUGCUUGUUGUGCUUGCAAUCUUUUAUAGCCUGCUCCUCUACUUUGGCGGCGAGCAGUAUAAUGUGCGCUCCAUUGUACAGCAGUUUUUAUAG